AUGUCGUUAAUAGCCAUUACAGUCAUUUUCUCUCUGAUUGCUUCCACUUUACAAGUUAGUUGGCCUCGGGGGACAUAUACCCUCGUAAAACCCAGAUCUGGAUGUCCUAGAGGCUGGCUUGAGGGUUGGAGAUAUCAAGACAAUGAAGACAAACACAACACAAAUUUUAUCACACCAGGACACCACUUUGCAGGUGGUUUCGAUAAAAAUAUGCGGUUUCAAUAUUGUACGAAGAACCAACAUCAAUUCAGCAACAGAAGAUAUUGGCCCAGGGGAAACUAUUGCAUCCUGAAACAUGGACAUUCAUGCCCAAGAUACUUUCGUCAAGGAAGCGUGUAUUGGGACGAUGAAGACAAUUCAAACAAAAACGCACACGGUGGAACUUUGCCCAGUGGUUCCUAUGACCGAAACACACGCAUUGACUACUGCUGUCGGAAAGAUGGUUCAUAUAGGAGCAAGAUGUCUCUGCCUACCAGCAAACCAUUUUAUCUACUGAGAUUCCGCGCACAUUGUCAGCGAGUUUCGGGUAUGCACGUCAGGGAGGAGACCGUAAAAUCUGAUGACGAAGACACCAGAAACAAGAACCUUGUCAGAGGAUGGUAUCCCUUGGGAGCUGGUGGACGUAACCACGUUCUUCAAUAUUGUUACUACUGGCGAUAAUAGUCUUUGUAACGGAUUGUUGGACAAGCGAACAUUUCAGAAAUAAAGA